AGGGGUGCGGAGACCGGGCACGUCCUGAGCAACAGCCAGGAGCUGGACAGUGGGGUGGGCAGGACGGACGACAGCGCCCGCAACGACGAGAGCUCCGAGCACGACCUCCUGGCCGACGAGCCGCUAACCCCCGCCCCUGGCGCUACCACCUCGUCCUCCCUCGCCCGGCGCCACCCUCGCCCGAGCGCCGACGCGCCCGCGCUUGACGAAUCCCUGCCGGGGCUGACCCAGGCUGAGAGCCGGCGCUACCGGGAGCUGGUGGAGCUCCGGCGCCGCCUGGAGGCUGGGGCGCGCCAUGCCCCCUCCGGGGGGCGCCGGUGCCAGGGGUCCCUGGCCCCCGCCCUGCGGGAGGAGAUGGGGCACCUGGAGUUCAAGUCCCGCAGUGGCGCCCGGGCACAGAAGAUGCGGCAGCUCCGCGCCCGGUGCAUGGCGGCCUGGCUGGCGGGCGAGGGGCGCCCCCUGGAGGCUGAGCCGCCCUCCCCGCCGACCCCCCCCGGGGCGGGCGACCCCCCGCCCCGCGGCCUGUGCGACAUCACGGAGCUGCCGGAACGCCCCGAGCCCACCACGCCCACCACCACCACCACCACCAGCGCCUACAACACCGGCGAGAGCUGCCGCAGCACCCCUCCCCUGGGCGAGCGCCCGCCCCCGGGCCUUGGCACGGCAAGCCCCCCCACCUCCCGCAGCCUCCCCCGCCAGGGGGCGCCGGGCCAGCGGCGCCCGGAGGGCCAGAGGGCUCGUCGGGCGCCGGCCGGCAGUCCGCGCUGCUUCACCGGGCUGGAGCAGCCAGCCGUCCGGCCCGAGGUGUCGUUGCCGCCCGUUGCUGGGCACGCCGAGGGGCCCAGGGGGGACUGGAAGGGGCGGGGCAGGGCCGAGGGUGCCCGCCCGCCCGCCAAGCGCCCGGUGAGGGACCGCCUCCUCAAGGCCCGCGCCCUCAAGAUCCGCGAGGAGCGGGCAGGCAUGACCACGGACGACGACGCGGCAAGCGAGAUGAAGAUGGGCCGCUACUGGAGCAAGGGGGAGCGCAAGCAGCACUUGGCGCGGGCAAGGGAGCAUCGGCGACGGCGGGAGCUGAUGAUGCAGAGCCGCCUGGACUGGCUGAGGGGGUCCACCGGCGAGCACCAGGGCGGCGAGGGGGCGCCGCGCCCUGGGGCGGGGGGCGGCGCCGAGCUCAGCGUGGUCGCCCUGGGCCACAGGAAGAGCCUGCGCAAGCGCAGCCGUCGGAUCCUGGACAACUGGAUCACCAUCCAGGAGAUGCUGGCGUACGGUACCCGGGCACCGGACGGGCGAAGGGUCUACAACCCCCUCCUGUCCGUCACCACCGUCUGAGCAGGCCCCCCCCCCCCCCCUCGCGGCAGGGUCUGGGGGCAGGUACUGGGGACGCGCCAGGGGCCUCUCACC